CUGGACGGGCGGAACGAAGAGCAGCCCCAGGCGGCCGGGGCAACAACUACCUAACUGCCUGACGCGGCGCGGGCAAUCCAUCGUCCCCGUUGCCCGUCGCGCAUCCCAAUCAGAAUCCCUCCAUUCCACCUAUUUCCACUACAGUACCACCUUCACAAACAAAAAAGUUGGCCGGCCGUUGUUGUCUUUGCUCGGACAACUCCCCUGGACUGACGGCGUCGCACCCGACAUGAAUACACCAUAUCGGUUGAGAGACUCGAUCCAAACAUGCAUCUUAUCAAGCCUUCAUGGCUAAGCCAUAGUGGCGAACAAAAGGACUUUGAAGUGUACAGCUGCCACGUCUCUCCCGACGGCAAGAGACUGGCUACCGCCGGCGGAGAUGGCCAUGUGCGCGUCUGGUCCGUCGAGGCCAUCUUCAACUCCCAUGACAGAAACUACACGAAACCCCGGCAGCUCUGCCACAUGAGCCACCAUCUCGGAACCAUCCAUUCCGUUCGCUUCUCACCCAACGGCCGCUAUCUCGCUUCCGGUGCCGACGACAAGAUCAUCUGCAUCUACCAUCUCGACAGCAACCCGCCAUCUCACACAUCCACCUUUGGUACGAACGAACCGCCCCCAGUCGAGAACUGGAAGACGUAUAAGCGACUAGUUGGCCACGACAACGAUGUGCAAGACCUCGCCUGGUCCCCUGACAACUCGCUCCUCGUGUCCGUCGGUCUCGAUUCCAAGAUUGUCGUGUGGUCUGGGCAUACGUUUGAGAAACUCAAGACGCUGGCGGUACAUCAAAGUCACGUCAAAGGCAUUACGUUCGAUCCGGCCAACAAGUUCUUUGCCACGGCAAGCGAUGACAGGACCAUCAAGAUCUUCCGCUACACCGCGCCAGCGCCAAACGCAACCCAGCACGACAUGGUCAACAACUUCAUCCUGGAAACCUCGAUUAGCGUCCCGUUCAAGCACUCGCCGCUGACGACAUACUUCCGGAGGUGCAGCUGGUCUCCUGACGGUAACCACAUCGCUGCGGCCAAUGCAGUCAACGGCCCCGUUAGCAGUAUUGCUAUCAUAGAGCGGACUGGCUGGGACAGCGAGAUCAACUUGAUUGGACAUGAAGCCCCUACUGAGGUCUGCAUGUUUUCACCUCGCUUGUUCUAUACCCAGAAACCAGACGAAAACUCAAACGCCAAUGGCGCUGCCUCUCCCGGCUUGGUAACAGUCAUUGCGUCUGCCGGACAAGAUAAAACCCUGACUAUCUGGAACACAAACACAUCUCGGCCAGUCCUGAUAGUCCAGGACAUAGCGUCCAAAUCAGUUUCCGAUCUCGCUUGGACUCCAGAUGGUCAGACAGUCUUCGCUGCUAGUCUAGAUGGUGGUGUGAUUGCUGCCCAAUUCGAGACGGGAGAGCUUGGAUGGGUAGCGAAAUCAGAAGAAAAUGACAAGGCCUUGCAAAAGUACGGCGGAUCCAGAAAGGGAAUGGGGACUGCCGAAGAUGUUGACGGUCUUCACCUAGAGAAUCACAGCAAGGAGAAAGAAUUGCGAGGAGCUGAAUCAAGAAUGGGUGCGUUGAUGGGGGAUCCAGGUCCUGCGCAAAAGGAAACCGCCACUACAACCAAUGGCGUCAAGCCAGCAGGAAAGGCUGCCGAUACAAACGGUACAACAACCCCAGCUCCCCCAGAGAAGCCCGAGGAGGAAAGCGCCGAUAAGACGGCCGAACGAAUUGCCGAGCUGAAAUCGCGCGUUACGAUCACAAAGGAUGGCAAGAAGAGAGUUGCGCCUUUGCUCGUUUCAUCAUCCGGAACAGGCUUAUCAUCUUUACCGCAGGCACAGCUGGUUGGCGCAAGCUCGACAAAACCGGUUCAAAACGACAACCCCCAAACGAUAUUGGAUCUCUCAAAACCAUAUGACGGUCUACCUCGGGGCGGUAUUGCGGCGAUGCUACUGGGAAACAAGAGAAAGGCAGUUAUCGUGGAGGAUGAGGAGGAGGAGGAGCCUUCUGCCAAACGCUCAGCUACUGGUCCUGUCCCUAUAGUAGUAAAUGGGGUUGAGGGUCUGGAGCCAGCGCCUCUUUCAGCACCCGCUCAUGGCCUUGUGCCUACCCCUGAAUUCCUGCGACCCGCCGUCAUUAGCCCCAACAUUGCCUACUCUCAGGUCAGGCUGGCUGUCCCCAAGAUUCGAUCGCACAUUCUUCGACCGCUUGAAAGGGGCGUUCUACAAGAGGAGACCAGCCUAGAAGACGCGACAAAGGUUCCAGAGAACAUUGUUCUGGAGGCGAAAAAUCCUGCGCAUAUUCGCGAACCCGCACGUAUCACUGCCACUAAACGUGGUGCCCUGCUAUGGCAGGAUUUCUUACCCCGUGCCAUUAUCCUGGUUGCUGGAAGCAAGCAUUUCUGGGCUGCGGCAUGUGAGGAUGGAACACUUCACACAUGGAGCCCGGCGGGACGUAGGCUUAUGAAUGCCAUCAUGCUGGAGUCACAGCCUGUCAUUCUCGAAGCAAGAGAUUCGUGGUUGCUUUGCGUUACCGCAGUUGGUCUAUGCCAUGUCUACAACAUCAAGACGAUGUCGUCACCUCACCCACCUGUUUCUCUAGCUCCCAUCCUCGACGUUGCAAUGACCUCUCUGUCACCUCACGGCGCAACUCCAGCGCCUGGUGUGACAUCUGCUCAUCUGAACAGUUCUGGUGUCAUUGUUGUGACUUUGAGCAACGGAGACGGCUUCUAUUAUUCAACGAGCUUGUACGCUUGGCAACGGCUGUCAGAAUCUUGGUGGGCCGUGGGAAGCCAGUACUGGAACAGCAACGACUCUUCAGUCAGCGCGCUACAGACAACAGCUGUGGGCCCGGUUUCGGGAGCUAAGAACGGGGAAGGAGAGACCAACGUCUCGGCCGGAAUCAUCCCAUACCUCGAACGCCAUACCACGACUGAAUUCCUGCUCAAAGGCCGGGCCUACACACUCCAGCGCCUUGUCAAGGCCCUCUUGGCAAGAGACGGGUUUGAGAACUUCGAAAGCAGUGUCAGCAUUGCUCACCUUGAGAACCGCAUUGCGGGUGCUUUUGCCUUGGGCGCACGGGAAGAGUUCAGGCUCUACCUUUUCAUGUACGCCAAAAGGAUCGGGGCCGAAAAUCAAAAGACCAAGGUUGAGGAGCUACUGAAUAGCCUGAUCGGAGGCGUUUUGCGAGACGCAGAUGAUGGAGAGGGUUGGUUUAGCAAGCAGGACAAGCUUUGCGGGUGGGACCGCAAGGACCUUCUACAGGGUGUUGUCCUAAUCUUGGGCAAAUUCCGCGAUCUCCACCGGUUGACUGUGCAAUACGCUAGAAUAUUGGACAUGACUUUGGGUGACGAGGAGAAGGAAACCACCGAUGAGGGCAUGGAGGUGGAGGACUAGGCGUCUAGCCUCGUGUCUGACUUGGUUGGGCCCUGCCCCUCGGUUGUGCAGCCCAAGCACAUCACUGCCAUCAGUUCAACCACCUCCCUGUCUGGUGGCACCGGAGUCGAAGAUCAACAAAGGACCAGGACGCCCAGGGGUCCAAAGACCCCCCACAAGGGGACAGGUCCCAAAGCAAAGUCCCCUAUAGUCACCCGUUCUGCCUCAAAACUUAAGGGUUCAUCUGGCGGAUGAAGGACCAGGUAUCUUCGUCGUAAGCGCCAGCUCUAUACAAUGGGUAUGACAAAACUUUCCAACAUGGGGGAUCCCACACAGGCCUGUGCUGUAUGCACUGGAAAUACAAGGCGAUGGUUGCUUUGCGGCAAGAGCAAACGAAGCGGGGGGGAACUGAUAGAACCAAGGGCUACUCCAUGCGAGACUUCGUAUAUACUGUUGCCAACUAACAAGCGACGCACUCUUGCCCCCAUAACGUGGAAGAGGCAGGCAUUCAAACAAGGAAAGCGAACCACCAAAUAGCUUCUCAAGCCCCCUAUGCCAACAAACCAAAAACAUAAUCUUCACAUCUUUCGCCUGUCAGAUGAUCAAAAGGGUCAAAUCUGUAUUGAUUUAUGGUUCGGGAGGCCUUUACUACAUUUCGGCGUUAACAGGAGGUUUAUGCAGGAGAUAGCAACGUGAUGCAUUACCAUCAAACAAAUAGACAGCGUACGCGGGUAUUGAGAUCACCUGUUAAGAAUUCUGCGCUCUGAAAGUAUUAUUGAUCUCCAUGUGAGCAUCUGGCAACAUCUCGGCUAUCGGCGAAGCAUAAGAAAGGCGUAACUUGUGGCAUGACUGGAAAUACGAUGAUGGUGUCGGGCUGACCCACGCCGUGGUUGACAAACGGCGUAGGAGUGUAGCAUCACAUUCCUCACACCUUGGUGAAGCGGGGGAGGAGAAUGGAACAGCGCCUUCGUUUCGUAAAUUUGGAUUCUCCCUCCUAUAAGACAAAUAGGGGUAGUGUCAUCCAAAAUCCCAAAUAUCGUACUUGACGAAGACGUACAAAAGCCACGCGAAGAAGAAAU